GAAAUAAAAUCUCGAUCACAUUUUUUCUUCGGAUCUGACCUUUGCACGCCUGCCUCUUCUUCCUCCUCCGCAGGAACUAGGGUUUCGUCGAGACUCCUCCGCCACGAUGUCUAGCUUCAGCGGCGACGAAACUGCCCCUUUCUUCGGAUUCCUCGGCGCGGCCGCAGCCCUCGUCUUCUCCUGCAUGGGGGCGGCGUACGGCACGACGAAGAGCGGCGUCGGGGUGGCGUCCAUGGGUGUGAUGCGGCCGAAGCUCGUGAUGAAAUCGAUAGUUCCCGUUGUCAUGGCCGGAGUCCUGGGGAUUUACGGUCUCAUCAUUGCGGUGAUCAUAAGCACUGGGAUCAACCCCAAGGCCAAGUCGUACUACCUUUUUGAUGGGUAUGCCCAUCUGUCUUCUGGCUUGGCUUGUGGUCUUGCAGGACUUUCAGCUGGUAUGGCCAUUGGCAUCGUGGGAGAUGCUGGAGUCAGGUAGUUGUUGUUUGAGAUCCUUUCUAGAUUCGAUAGUGCUCUCUAUUCCUCUUUUUUUUUUUUUUUUUGUCUAAUUAUUGACUACGAAUUCUCUAACCUUGUCUUCUGUUAUCGCAUAUUUAGUCCAUUUUUCCUCUGAUAGUCCUUUCAUAAAAGAGCAAUUUAUUUUUCUAGGUCAUGUGUGUAGAAUUUAUUUACAGUCGUAUUCCUAUUGUGUAUGUGUCUUUCAUCCAUUCUUUGCACUAUCUAUCUAUAUAGGAGUCCUCGAGGGAUCGUGCCUUAGCUUGUUGUUGUUGUUAUUGAGAGAGCUAGUUAUUGACUAAAAAAAAUUGGAAUAUUUACUGAGAUGAUUGUAGUUUCAUAUGCAGAUCCCACAUGAAUCCUUAGAUCUAUCGAUUUCAAUGAUUACUACAAAAUUUUCUAUGUUUUAGUCACUUUGAAAGGGUAACAAACAAUGUUUGUGCCCAUAUUUUGAUUACUUACUGCGUUUAGUUUCACUACAUAAAAUAUUGAGUCUUAUUUAUGGAUACAAAUAGCAUAGACAUAUAUGUGCUUUAUUUCUAUGGAAUUUACCAAAACAUAUACAAUCAAAGCACUUUUUCUAUAAUUGUUUUUUAAUAAAAAAAAGUGUCAGCUUUGCAUUGUGCUUACAAAACCAUCUUGCAAAUUUAAUUUUUUAAAGAUGUAGAAAUAAUAAAAGGUCAAAAGAGCUAUUUUGAACUACAUGUAAUUUGAUGAAUCAAAAUGCAUGUAUAGGUAGUUAUGUAGAUAAUGUGUAUUGACCAACUAGACAUCUGCAGUAGUAAGGUUGGAGAAUAUUGGUUCUUCCAUUAUGGUUAGAUUUAUCACAUUGAGUUUGAACAAAUGAGUUUAAUGAAAAUAUGAAGCAAAUGUGAAGCGGUUGUUACCUUAGGAGUACGUGUGAGUUGCAUCUGGGAUUCAUGAGUAAGGUUAUGGUUAGAUUUAUCACAUUGUUAUAAUAGUUGUCAGUAGUUUUUUAAGUCAAAUGGUUUGAGCUAAUGGCCUUGUAUUACAUUUGCAAUUCUAAUAUCUAUUUGUAGAUUAUCAGCUACGUGUUUGAACAAAUGAAUUUAAUGAAAAUAUGAAGCCAAUGUGAAGCGGUUGUUACCUUAGGAGUACGUGUGAGUUGCAUCUGGGAUUCAUGAGUAAGGUUAUGGUUAGAUUUAUCACAUUGUUAUAAUAGUUGUCAGUAGUUUUUUAAGUCAAAUGGUUUGAGCUAAUGGCCUUGUAUUACAUUUGCAAUUCUAAUAUCUAUUUGUAGUUUAUCAGCUAUGUGUUUGAACAAAUGAAUUUAAUGAAAAUAUGAAGCCAAUGUGAAGCGGUUGUUACCUUAGGAGUACGUGUGAGUUGUAUCUUGGAUUCAUGGGUACAUCUUGUAAGAAUAAGAUAAGCAUCUAAGGUUAGUAUUAUUUACAUGGGUAGUUUAUUGUUAAAGCCACAAGCUAUUUGGAUUAAGAUCAUUUGUUGUUGUGUCAGAUCUUCAACCUUUUGGAGUUUGGAUGAGCCAAGUUCUCCAAAUUUGCUCCAAAUUAAGUGUCAUCUUAUAUUGUUUAUAACCAAGUACAUCAAUCCACAUGAAUUAGGAAUUAUGAGUUUGAUGCUUGUAAAGCAUGUUUUCACUAUGGAAUAUAACUUCGUAAACUGUUCCAGUUAAGAUCA